AUGGCCACUCAAACUUACGAAACGGACCCCGCAACUGCCCUGGAAACUGAAUUUCAGGCCGAAAACCCUGAUUCAGAGCCAAGCCAAAUAUCCAGCGACUUGACCGAAAAUAACAAUAGAUUAAUUCAGUACAUCCGAUCCAUGCCCCUGGUGUCAAUCCUCUUCACCAGAAACAUUUCUAAUGACUCGUUUUCUAACGCAUCUAACCGAAUUUUUAUUUUCAAGUGCCUUAUGUCAUUUCACCUCCUAAUUCUUAUCACUUUAGUUGCUUUAACUUCAUUCGCGAUUUAUUACUAUAAUAUCAGAUUUUACAAGAUUCAGACGAGGCCGUCAGAAACUUUGAUAGUUUGUUGGCUUCUGAGAGCCAUUUGGCACACAGUCAACAGCUCCUGGUCUCUGAGAUAUCACUACAUAGGGGUAAGAAAUGGACCGAACCUGAAGCUGAGCCAGACGUUCUACAACAUCGCCUCGAUCCUGUGGAUCAGCCUUACAGUUGUGUUUCUGGGCGUUUCGCCUCGUGAGGACCUAAAAACAGUCUCCUCCAGAAUUUGCUACUUCCUGCUUUGGCUUACUAUCGCUUCCUACGUUGUGCCCAUGCUCGCCUACACCUUCAUCUGCAUUCUACUCUACGUCACCCUGCUUAUUGUGAUUUACUUCAGACAUGGUUCAAUUCCGCUGUCGUCCACAGCAAUGCCAGUUAACCUGCUGAAGAAGUUAAAGGUUGAGCGGUACCGCGACGUUUUGAAGAAGAUCGAUAGUUCUGAGGAGUCAGUUGAGUUGGCCGAAUCUGAGGUUAAAAAUUCUGACUCGGAAACAACACUUUCACAAGGUGCUCAGAAAACCCCUUCAAACCCUCAAGUUAAUUCAAAAAACAUAAAAGACGUGCUUUUUGAGUGCGUUAACAACAGCGAGAUGCUGGACGAACACCUGUGUUCAAUUUGUAUUCUGAAUAUAAAUGAUGUUGACAAGGUCUUUUUGUUGCCAUGCGAUAUGCGGCAUUUGUUUCACCGAGAUUGCCUCAAGAAGUGGUUCAAGCGGAGUUCAGAAUGCCCCAUCUGCAGAACUAACAUCACGCAAAUCUUGUCCGGCAAAGACAAGAAAGCUGAAUCCAAGAAAGUUGUUCCAAGAGAACCCGAGAGUAAUGAACACGAACUCGUCGAUAUUGUUAUCCAUUCCUCUUCAACAUCCCACCACACACCAUCACAAUAUGAUUCCUAUUCAGAGUCUGAAUUUGAUGACUCUGAAAAUCUGGACUCGGGAUUAGAUUUAGGUAAUUCUGAAGAUUUGGAGGCCCAAUUCGAAGUAAUAAUGAAUAAACCGGAAGAAAUGGAAAAUUCUGAGGAUUCGAAAGUAGAAUUUGAAAAAACUGAGGAUGAACCGGAAACAAAAUUGGAAGAUACUAAUGAUAAUUUGGUGGUGGAAUUGGAAAACAUUGUAGAUGUCGAGUUGGGUAAUGUUGGCAAUGCAGAAAAGGCUUGA